AAUCUCGAGUGGAAUAACCAGAAAAUGCUGAUCAUAUUGUGUCUGGUGCUGAUGCUCACAGUCGGCCGAUGCAGAGACAAUCUGAAAUCUGAAACAAGAACAGUUCGUGUUGGAGAUCAUGUGAACAUGACGUGCGAUCGCAGGAUCAGUGGAACUAUUUUCUGGAUCAGGCUUAUUUCUGGAAACUUUCCUGAAGUUUUAGGAAAAACAUUCAGUUUUGACACUGAUACUCGCAUUACAACCAAGGAAGAACCUGGAUUAUUUGUUCUGGGUAUUAAAACUGCACAGCUAAGUGAUAGUGCAGUUUACUAUUGUGUGAAAAUUCAUCAACGAGCACUGGAAUUUCUAGAAACAAUAGUCCUCACAGUUAAAGGACCAAAUCCUGAUACAACAGCAGCUCCUGUAAACGAUCCGGUCCCUCCAAAAGACUCUGUGUCUCCCCAUUGUUCAGUCCUCUAUGACAAUGAGAACAAGAUCUGUCCAGAGGAAAAGUGUGUGUGCUGUUUGAGAGUUGGACCACAUCAAUCUCCUCUGUGUUUUAAUUACACUCAUGGAUGCAGCGUUUAUGAAAAGGACCAGAAUCCCGACAAGAAACUGUCCACAGAGAAAUGUCUCUGCAGCUUCUGGAUGAACUUGAGCUCCUCUGAUGCUUGGAGGUAUCACUGUGCUGAUGACACGCGUGGAGAGGCACUUCCUGGAAACACAUCAAAACUCAACAAUGAAGAAAGCUGUUUGCUGAAGAACAACACAGUAAUCUCUCUGUUAUGUGCUGCUCUGGCUGUAAGUCUGGUUCUUAUAGUAUGUCUCGUCGUGUCAAUCAAGAAUCUGAAGAAAAAGACUCACGCUGCUGUUCUUUUGCAACCAAAUGCAGCGGCCAGUGGUUUUCAGCAGGUAAAAUUAAGAGGACAUUUGCCUACUUUAGGGAAUUUAUUGACAUCUGCCAUCUUACAUUUCUCUGUAAUGUCUCUCCAGACAGAUGAGGAUUCGUUGAUUUAUUCUGCACCUGCUUUCAAAAGGAACGCCACCAAAGCAGAGAUGAGAGACGCGAAAUCAGCAGAAAACGAAAGUAUCUACUCCACAGUAAUCUACAAUCAUCAAAACACAGCUGGUUCAAGCUAAUUGAUGUAAAUGUAAUAUUGUGUGCAAUGUGAGGUAAAUACAUAUAUCUAAUGUAUGGAAAGGAAUACGUUAGAUAACUUUUACCUACUGGGAUCAUAUACUGUAAGUUUAGUUUUAAUCUAAGUGUGUGUGUGUGUGUGUGUGUGUGUGUGUGUGUACUACAGUGUCUUGUACAGUGUCUACGCCAAAAACCAUGACAAUGUCAUGUGUUAAAAGGAAACUGAGUGUGUGUGGGGAGUUAUGUUAACAAUCAAAGCAACAACUUGUGAGGUAAUCAUUCAUGAAACAUGUACCACUAAAUACUUCAAGGUAUAAGAU